AAGAUUACCAAAAACUGCACUCAGUCAAAGAAAAAGUUUGCAAAAUGGUGUCAGACUUCAGGAAGAAGAAGCUCCAGCAUGUGUUCACCACAUUCUUCGACACCAACAAGAGUGGAAACAUCGAUAAGAAAGACUUCGAAGACGCUAUCGAAAACGUCGCGAAACUGAGAGGUUUCAGUUCAGGCGACGCUAAAUAUAAUGAAGUUAAGACUACAUUGCUGAAAAUCUGGCAAGGUCUGCAGAGCCGGGCUGACGCUGAUAAAGACGGGGAAGUAUCCUUUGACGAAUGGGUUGCCAUGUGGGAUGAUUACGCGAAGAAUCCGUCAGCCGCAUUGGACUGGCAGAAGGACUACUGCAAGUUUAUCUUUCAGCUAGAAGAUGCCAGCAACGACGGAUCUAUUGACAGCGAAGAGUUUUCUUCUGUCUACGCUUCGUUUGGCUUGAACAAAGCUGACGCAGUUGCCGCUUUCCAGAAGAUGUCGAAAGGCAAAGCCAAUGUCUCGUGGGCAGAAUUCCAGGAACUCUGGAAGGAAUACUUCGUGUCAGAAGACGCGGGCGCAGCGGGCAACUACAUUUUUGGCAAGAUCAGUUUCUAAAUGUGCUUCUAUUGGAUUGACUGUGAUUUUUGUUACUAUUGUUUGUGAUUUCUGCUGGUAUGUUUUAUAUAUUUUGUGAUAUUUAAUAUAUGCUUUUGUUAUUUAA